GACGGCGAAGAUGAUGAAGAGUGCCCCGGCAAGCCUCGCUCUGGGCCUGGCGCUGGUCUCGGCCGCGGCCUUCCCGGCGGAGAAGAAAGCCGGCGGCGGCGAAAAGGAGAAAGGCCUCCGCUUCGCGGCCUGGGACGACGUCAACGUCAUCGCCCACGGGCUGCUGCAGCUGGGCCAGGGUCUCAAGGAGCACGUGGACAAAACCAAAGUCCGGAUGAGGGACAUCUCGGCCAAGAUCAAAGUCUGCGACGGCGCCCUCGGCGAGCUGGCCGCCGAGAGCCGAAGGCGGGGGGCCGAGGGGGAGGCCCUGCGGGCUCGGGCCCGGGGGCUGGAGGACAGGGAGGCCCGGCUGCUCAACGUCACCGCCGACUUGAGGGAGAAGACGGACGAGAUGCGAGGCGAGGGGGCGGCGCUGACGGCCAGGCUGGGCCGGCUGGAGGAGAGGCUGGAGCGCGCCGCCGACGCGCGCGGCAUCCAGCUAAUCCUGGAGGCUCAAAACCGACGCAUGGACGAACUGACGGCACGUCUGGAACUCCAGCAGGAGAAGCUCGACAAGCAGAACGUGCGCAUUAGAGGCCUGCAAAGUCAGAUCCAACAGUCCGGACAAAGAGCGUUCACCGACGCAGAAGGCUUUGCCUCAAGCGAGCAACGCGACUCGCCAGUCGCGAUGGCAUCCGACUGCCACGAGCUGUUCCUGCGAGGCGAGACCACCAGCGGGGUCUUCAGCGUCCGGCCGCGCGACACGGAAGCCUUCCCGGUCUUCUGCGAGAUGACGGCCGAUGGCGGAUGGACCGUGGUCCAAAGGCGACGGGACGGCUCCGUGGAUUUUGACCAACUGUGGUCCGCCUACGAGAAAGGCUUCGGCAGCGUCGAGGGCGAGUUCUGGUUGGGCCUGGAAAAGAUCCACGCCAUAGCCAAGAACGCAGACCACGUCCUGAAAAUCCAGCUGUCCGACUGGGGGGGGGACUCGGCGAGCAUCCGCCUCCCUUUCCGCCUGGGCGGAGCGGAGACCGAGUACUCGCUCCGGAUCCGGGAGGUGGGCGCUUUCGGCCCCCUGGAAAGCUCGCUGGGCUCCGACGCCGCUUCCGGUCUGCCUUUCUCCACCCGCGACCACGACAACGACCGCAAGAAGGAGACCAACUGCGCCCGACAUCUCUCCGGCGGCUGGUGGUUCAGUAACUGCGGUCGGUCCAACCUCAACGGGCGAUUCUUCCGGAGCCCGCCGCCCAAACAGCGGCACCAGAGGAAGCAGGGAAUCUUCUGGAAGACCUGGAGGGGGCGCUACUAUCCCCUCAAAUCCAGCGUGAUGAUGAUCGCCCCGGCCGUGAUCCGGAGCGAGUCUUAGCCACGUCGAGUGGGAAAAGAGGGAGGACGGAAGACGACCAUCUUGGACUCGUCUUCCGUUUCGGUAGAACUCGGUUCAAGUUUUAGAGCUCGGCACCUCGGCGCACUCCCUUUGCGGUAUUAUAGGCGGAAAGUCGGCGGCGAGCGAGGAACUUUUCGACGCGGUCCCCCCGGCGCUAGUCGCAGCGUGUCCGCCGGAAUUUCCGAACGAGUCGAGAGUCGUCGGCGACGGUUGGGAGGCCGAUCAUCAAGCGCGGUCACCGCCAAGCCGCUGGCCAAAAGGUCUCUUUUGCAACUUGUCGGCUCGGGGGCCGGCGUUUUCUCCGCGCGGAUGGACCCCGCGGGCUUCGCGUGACCGCGUCGCUUCGUUUCACUUUGCCGAGGCUCACAGAGAUGGGGACGCUUGUCCCAUCUUGUCGUUUCCGACUUGACCCUUCACCAAUGUAUCGGAUCGUCGCCGCCAAAUGAUGGCGUUUGGCUUGAUCGCCGCGGGCAAGUUCAAACUUGAGAUUCGUUCGAUGCGGCCCCCUAACCCUAAACGCGGCAUCCCGAUUGAUAUUGCGCCGCGUUGCACUUGCGGAACACAAAUGAACACGCACACACAGGAGUCAAAAUAUUUUGACUCCUGUGUGUGACACAUGCAAAUUUCAAUGCAUGUGUCAAAGCAUUUGAAAUUGAAAGUAAAAACAUAUGGCUAUUUUUUACUCUGGAGAAGAACAAAACAUCAUUAUGUAGAAAAAUACUGACCCCAAAUCACAGAGCAUUUUCAACAUGAACAAGGUGAAAGGAUCAGGUUUUGGGUUUUUUUGGGGGGGCGGGGGGUUGUUCUUACUUUCCUUCUUGCAUGGCCAGUGAUGUGGACCAAGAUGUGACUUUGAUGAAGAGUAGCGCAGCCUCCGCGUGAGCAUGAUGAGGGCCGAGUGGAAAAGUUGAAAUCACUGUACACGGACACUUGCAACUGUUACGACGUUCGUCGGCUGCCCUCUAUGAGCUUCGCACGACGACAAAGGCAUUCCAGCUAUUCAAUCGCACGACCAAUAUUCUUCAUUAUUUUUAGGGGUGGAGAUUUGCACAAUUUGAAGUCAUAUUGACUUCAUUACCAAUGUACUACAGUGUAAGAAAGAAUAGUGUCGUUGGUCUUAUAGAACUGUUACUCGUGUGUUGUUUUGCCAUUUUCCUAUUUAAACGCUGUCACAAGUCGUGUCGUAUUUGUAAUUUAUAUCGUCUUGUUGGUGUAUUUUUUUUAAGAGACACUUUUUUGGCCUUCUGCAGCCAAUAAAAUGAAUUGAGAGCAAA